AUGAAGGCAGCGGUCGUAUCUUUCGGGUACGGCGCCAUCGGUCCUCUCUCCGCCAUCUAUGGCAUCUGGCAGUCAAAUGAGGCCAGCUCAAAGAGCGAGCGGCCAAUGUGGGUUUUGGCAUAUGGAGGUGCCGCGAUCCCGACUGGUCUCUGGACAUAUGGGUACAACAUGAUGCGACACCUUGAAAACAGACUCACAGUCCACUCACCGUCCCCCGGUUUCUCUAUCGAACUCGGCGCUGCAUUGACCAUUGUCACCGCGACACGUUUAGCGCUCCCCAUCCCCACCACACAAUGUAUCACCGGCGCAACCGUUGGUGUUGGCGGUUGGAGUGGUACUCUCAGGGCAAUCAAUUGGCGCAUGCUUGCCUGGAUAUACUUCGACUGGAUCAGGACUUUGCCAAUUGCUGGACUUGUGUCGUAUUCUCCCAUGGCGAUUAUCGUGAAUGCUCCAAGCUGGGAGCUGAUGCCAACCACUGCGACCUAA